GGCUCGGUCGCCGCGAUCCGUCGCACCCGCACUGCUUGGCCUUGCUUGGCCUUAGCGCUGCUUUGCAUGGACGCAAAUACAGUUGGAGAAGCGCCAACGCCAGUCCAAGCCCAAGCCAAGGCAAAGGACGCAUUUACACGGGCUUUGGUUUUCAGGGUUGGUUUGAUGUAGAAGAGUGGUUGUGUGCGGGUUAAUUUGUGCAAUUGAGAGGCCUUUAGUUGCUUUGCGACGAGUGGAGUAUUCGGAUGAGUGGGUAUGAGACAGAGUAGUUGGAAUGGGAGAUUGCGGAAAGUAGGAAAGUAGGAAAGGUCAGUGUUCUUUGUGUUGAAGAAUGAUAGUAAUGGGCAGUCAGUCUGCUAUGAUCGGGGAGAGACUAGCGUGAUGCAGCCACGAGGCAUUGAUUAGCCUCCUUUAGGGUUCAACUAUGUGUAGCACAUACGCUUUAUUUACAUUUUGAAGGGUAAAGAUGCAGCUGUCGAUCCAGCUGUUUUACGGCAGCUUGCCGCUGUUUGAUGAUAUUCACCGCAUGUAGCAUAAUUUGGGUCGCAGUGGUUGGUACUUGGCCACUAUUUCCAUACGAAGCAUGGAGCAGUUAAAGGUUAUCGAGUGACGUUGUGUGUAAAACGACAGUGGUUAGACUUAAGCCUUGAGCGAUCCUUGCAGCCAAUUUACCAUAAAUUUUUGUGGUUAUUUUUCAUGUAACGGUAUCAAGUGCGUAUGUGAUUUGGACGGAGGUUUGGUUUUACAUACAGAGAAUAAGUAUCUGAUCAUUAGUCCGGAGCGGUUCAAUACGUGGAGUGUACAUGGAACUCCUCUGUCGAUCCUCUUACACUGUCUUGGGAGUUCUUCUGCCAUCAAAAGCUGUGAUGUCCUGACGUUGGAUUCGUCAUGUUUGUAUCGGUCUGUGUCUCGACUGGGGUUUUGAUACAUGAUGUAUUCUUCACAAGUUUAGGGUUGUAGUGGGGCCUCUUCAGUUGAUUUCAUUGAAAGUUUGCUCUAGAGUACUGCGCUGAUUGGGGUCUGGUCGUGUGUGUGUUGCAGGUUGAAAAUGGUUGCAUAGGACGAUUGUCGUGAAGUAAAUUACCAUUUUGCUUGAUGCUGGUCUUGAAUAGAGCACAUGCAGGUAGUCAACUCGAUGGCUCCGCUCAAUUUCUGUCCAGUCUGCCGCAUACAUCACGACAAGGUGAAAGGUCACAAGUAUGGUGUUAAACACAAGAAGUAUUUAACUGAAUUUCUUUCAAAGGCACGGAAGAAGUUACAAGAUGUUAGACUAUCAAUGAAGGAGGUCACUACCUUGCAGGACGAAGACCGCGAUCGUUCCAAAUUUUGGUGCGCUUUUUGUGAGCAGGAGAUUGACGAAAAAAAGAGUGUGUUUGUUAGUGAAAGCACCAUUCAACAUCUCGGAAAUCCACAACAUGUUUUUAUGGUCAAGAAGUUUUUAGCAGACCAGGGAGCUCAUCUCGCGGAUUCUUUUAGUUACUUCAUUUCCAAGGAGGAAACUUUGCAGUGGCAGGAACGAUGUAAGAAUUUGACUGCGACAAUGGCCAAAACAAGUGUUGUGGAGCUUCCUGGAACAAACAAUAUCCACUCCGGAACCUCACUUAAUGAUGAGGGAUCUUCUUUAGCACUAGGCAGUAGACAGAGUUUUUCACAUGUUGCUUCUGUACAUGAUGUUCAGCCUUUAACAGUCCUUACUGUUGGAAGGACCCAGAAUUCACUGUCUACGCACAAUGAGGUAUCUUCUGCGGCAACUGAAACUGGCAGUCUCCGAAGGCACUCAGUGUCUGAUAGAACCGAGACGUUAGUGGAUUUCGCAAACGAGUGGGCGGGUGUGUCUGGUAACAGUGUGCACUACAUGGAUUCUGCAAAAUUUCUGGUGCCAACGAACUUUGGUUUAGAAGCAAGCACCAGAAAACCUUCUGAUGAUUACAGGCCAACGGAGGUAUUUAAGGCAUGGAGAGGCACUGACACUAGCCAUUACACUCAAGGUCGUGGAGUAAACUGGUCAGCUACGAAUGGGGCCUUCAGUGUGCAAGGCAUCAUGCAAUCAUUACCAGGAGCUGCUCCCGUUCAGUAUACAGUGAUGGCCUCUGGCCAGACUCUUUCUAAGAUCGUUUGCCCGCCUCUAUUAUCUGGAGAGGGCAAUGUACAUUCUGGUGGCACGCCUCCUUGGAUUGGACCUAACGAGGACAAGAAGCUGUUUGAUGUCCUCAACGAUGAAAUCGGUCCCAGCAUCGAAGCCGUAAAGAAGCAAUCACUCUCCAAGACGCAGGAGAGAAAGUUAGCAAAACUCAGGCCUCCAAAUCGGGUUGGAGCUGCUUGGGCUGAAAUGCGUAGAGCACAAUUAGAACGUGCAGAGAGAGGAGAGACGUUGGACGUUCCACAGGCCGAUGCAUCCUGGCUUCCAAACUUCGGUCGUGUUUGGCAAAGUGGAUCACGACACGACACACGUAGAGAGUUUGAGGCUGAAAAACGGAGGGAGGCGAAAAGACUUGCAUCUGAAUUAGGAAAAAGGACUGUUACUUCAGUGGAGGGUCCUGUUCAGUUCCAGCCAUAUGUUAGCAAACGACGGGUAGCAUAAUUAGCAUUUUUGCAGUUUAAUUUUUUUGAUAUUUUUUUUGUGUCUUCGGGCUGCAGCUUAAGACACUCGUGCAGUGCAUAUUGGUGUAUAUUAUUGAAAAAUGUUUCUCCUGUCUACACUCGAUUAAUUUUGCAGGAUGGUUAUAAGGCCUCCUUAUGUUACGGUUUUUCAA